AUGGUUGCACCUACUGCUUUGAAAAAGGCUACCGUGCCACCUGCAAGUGGAGAAGACAGCGGCAGUAGUAGAAUUAUAGGAAUAAAUAAUACCGAAAGCAUUGACGAAGAGGAUGACGAUGAUGUUCUAUUGGAUGAUGCCAACGACAAUACAGCAAAAGACGAGGGAGAUAGCGAGGACGGUAGUCAGAAAAUGCGCGAAUCUAAGACCGUAGUGGUCGAUGACCAGGGGAAGCCUCGCUUCACUUCAGCUAGUAAAACACAGGGUAACAAAAUAAAAUUUGAAUCGAGGAAGAUCAUGGUUCCACCACACAGAAUGACACCCUUGAGGAACAGCUGGACAAAAAUUUAUCCUCCAUUGGUUGAGCACUUGAAGUUGCAAGUCAGAAUGAAUUUAAAGACAAAAUCGGUAGAGCUAAGAACGAAUCCUAAAUUUACCACAGACCCUGGUGCGUUGCAAAAAGGGGCCGAUUUCAUCAAAGCCUUCACUUUAGGAUUUGACCUAGACGAUUCUAUCGCACUAUUAAGGCUAGAUGAUUUAUAUAUCGAAACUUUUGAGGUCAAAGAUGUCAAGACUCUAACGGGUGACCAUUUGUCGAGAGCUAUCGGUCGUAUUGCUGGAAAAGACGGUAAAACGAAGUUUGCCAUUGAAAACGCUACAAGGACAAGGAUAGUCUUAGCCGACUCUAAAAUACACAUUUUGGGUGGGUUCACCCAUAUCAGAAUGGCAAGAGAGUCUGUAGUUAGUUUAAUUUUGGGUUCCCCUCCAGGUAAAGUUUACGGGAAUUUACGUACCGUUGCAUCUAGAUUAAAGGAACGCUACUAA